CAUCUAUUGAAAAGUAUGAUAUCUUCCCAAGCGAGAUUCAUUUCUCCUCAGACGCUACUCCGGAAUACUCAAAGCCGCCAGUUCAUCCGAACUAUUUCCUCAAUGGCAACCGAUGCACCAAACUUCCCAUUUCGGCGAGCUUCUGGUAUGGAGCCACCGGCCGAGUUCGCUCGGUUAAGGGCUACGGAUCCAGUAUCAAGAGUUAAGCUCUUUGAUGGGAGUUUGGCUUGGCUGGUGACUAAAUAUAAAGAUGUAAUUACUGUUGCAACGGAUGAAAGACUUUCCAAGGUUCGAACGCGCCCGGGGUUCCCGGAGUUGGGUGCCGGUGGCAAAGAAGCUGCUAAGGCUAAGCCAACCUUUGUUGAUAUGGACCCUCCAGAUCAUAUGCAUCAAAGGAGCAUGGUUGAGUCCCUUUUUUCGGCUGAGCAUAUCAAGGACAUGCAACCCUAUAUCCAGAAGACAGUUGAUAAUCUCCUUGCUGCCUUGAAGGCUAAAGGAUGUGCUAAUGGUCCCGUCGACUUGAUCAAAGAGUUUGCGCUGCCAGUCCCGUCAUAUAUUAUUUAUACAAUCCUUGGUGUGCCGUUCCAUGAUCUUGAAUACCUUACGCAUCAAAAUGCCAUACGAACAAACGGCAGCUCUACAGCACGUGAGGCAUCAGCCGCAAAUCAGGGGCUACUUGACUACCUUACCAAGUUAGUGGAUCAGAGAAUUCAGGAGCCCAAAGAUGAUCUUAUCAGUAAACUCGUUGUUGAGCAAGUAAAGCCUGGGGUUAUUGAAAAGGCCGACGCUGUGCAAAUAGCCUUCUUACUGCUCGUGGCUGGAAAUGCUACUAUGGUGAACAUGAUUGCGUUGGGAGUGGUUACUUUGUUCCAGCAUCCAGAACAGCUUGCGCAACUAAAAGCUGAUCCUUCCCUUGCCCCUGCAUUCGUUGAAGAGCUUUGUCGAUAUCACACAGCAUCAGCACUAGCUAUUAAACGGACAGCUAAGGUUGAUAUUGAGAUUGGUGGCAAGCUGAUUAAGGCAAACGAAGGAAUCAUUGCCUCCAACCAAUCCGCGAACCGUGAUGCCGACAUCUUCAAAAAUCCGGAUGAAUUCAACAUGAAUCGAGAGUGGCCUGUUGAGGACCCUCUUGGCUUUGGAUAUGGCGAUCAUCGCUGUAUUGCUGAGACCCUCGCAAAAACCGAGUUAUCAACAGUGUUUUCUACAAUUUUCAAAGAAUUGCCUAAUCUAAAGCUAGCAGUGCCCGAUAGCAAGAUUAACUUCACUCCGUUACAUAGAGAUGUUGGAAUCGAAGAUUUGCCAGUUGUAUUCUAGAGUGAAAGUUAUUGGCGUCACUUGAUCAAAGUGGCAUUUGCGUCAGUUAUAAACCCCACUUCAAUAUAUUUUUAGUUUAAAUGAGAAAUCGACUUCUUGAACACU